UUUGUAGAAUGAUGGUUGAUAGACAGAAAAGUAGCUGUUUAUAUAGGAAUUUGUUCAUGCAGACGGAAAAAUAAGAGAGGAAAGAAAUGUUUUAUUUUUGAUUGUUUAUUGAAAGAGAGAGUGAAAAUUUUGUGAAAUCCUUUAUUACAAGUGAAAAUUUUUGUUCGUGAUCAAAACUGGACCCCUGCCAAAAUUGUAAAUUAAUUAUUUCAUACAUAACACAACUAAAAGUUCAUUUUCCAAGAAAACCGACUUACCCGUAAUACUCCAAGCGAGGACGAAACUAGUCAUGUAAUUCUUUCAAUCUAAAAAUUUCUUAAUAAUAAUAGUUUAUAUUUUAUAAUAAAAUUAAGUAUCUUGUACUGAUCUUUGGAUCAUUUUGUACUAAUACCUGCCACUUGAUAAUUAAUAUCAGAAAUUGUGAAAUACAACGGUAUCGUGGUUACUUGUCACACACUAUUUUAUGUAAAAAAUUUGGAAGUGUUGGCAAUUACAAAUAAUAUUUCAUUACUUACAUGAUUACAUAUAACAACGAAAUACAAGACUGAGUGGUCAUUUCGGCGAAGCCGAUCUGCGCGACUUUAAGCAAUUUUAUGGACCGGACGAUCUUUCCUAAAUUCAUUUUCUUUAUCACAUUUAGAUGUUGUACAGAAUUAGAACCAAACAUUUCUCAAAGAGAAAAUUGGAAGAGGAUGAACGACUUCGUCGGACAUUACCGAAAUUUAAACUACCCGUUGUGGACCGAGUAGUUGGCCAGACAGACAGUUAACAACAGUUGACACGAAGAGUACCAUCAUUUACAAAGCAGCCAGUGAGAUAUUACCUUAAUGAUGCAACACCACAUAGAUUUAUUGAUGAUUUGAUGGGUAUUGUCAAAAAACCGAGCAUUAUGUUAUAGAUACCGAAACAGACAUUGACACACAAGCACCAGCUUUAAUCCAGCUUCUUCUAAUUCCACACGAAAUAAGAGCAUCAUCGGCAUUAGUUAUUAUUUUGAUAGAAACUCAAUUCUUGCCGCCAAAACGUUCGACACGACGCCAACGAAUUCAGGAAUUGUGUUCAAAGAUAUUCCAGCCAACUCAUUUAUUUUAUGGGUGGGGAGAACUCGAUGACGAACUGAUGAAAUUCAGUGAAUUUGAAUUAUUUAAAUCAUCAGAUAUCAUGUAUGCAGAGAAUGUACAACAAAUAUUUAGACGAAUGUACAACGCCAAUCAUCCCCAUGAUUAUAAUUGUCAAGCCCGAUGGGAAGCGGAAGAUGGUUGUUUGUUAACGACCGCUGCACCCUAUGAUAUGGAAUCAGACGACCAUCCUGAUUGCACAUGUCCUGAUCGUCCAUACAAAGACCCAAGACAGCCAAAUAGCUGA